UUUGACACGAGCACGCACGGCGUUAAAAUUUAUACAAAUGCGACCCUCACUUUUACUUUUCGAGAACAAACAAACCCUUAAUUUACUUCCAUUUGACUUUUCUUGUUUUAUGGCCGGGUUUUCCUUAAAUAUAAUUGAGCGACGACCGUUCGUGCUGGGAAAAACAGUCACGAACCCAUCUCUUCCACAAAAUUGUUUUGGUCUUCCACUAGGAAGGAUAAAAAGGAGAUAGUUUUUCGGUUCUACCUGGAUUUAAAAAGUGCUGCGCAUGCGCAUGUCUGCAGGACUCAUAUCCGCACUGUUUUCAAAUGGACAACCAUCGUUGGUAGAAGAGCUGGUUGAUUUUAUCAUACAUUUCAUUAUUGGACAAUAUAAAGAUAUUUUAAUCAGUCAUAUCUUAACAAUAUAGGGAUUUUUCAAGACCUCGAUAUAUAUUCUACAGUGUUUUUCUUCGCCUUUUGAUUUAUUCAGCCUAUGCCAAACUGCAAUGUAAUUAAAUAUUGGCUACAUUAUCAUCACUUUGUAUUAACCACUUACCAAUAUUUACAAUGUCAGCGAUGCAGUGACCUUCACUAGAGAAUCAAUUACAGUCUUCCGGCUUCAAAAAUCUUUCGACUGCGAUCAAUGAUGCAAAGGUGCAGCGAACUGGGAAAGAAUUCCAUGGCCUGGCAGCACUUGGUUCGUUUUGGUCGGAGCAACCUGAAGGUGAAGAAGGGCCCAAGCGGUCACUAUCUGGAGAAAAGGUGCCGGGAUGAGCUGGAAAAGUCGCUACCUGCGGAGUCUUUCAAAGAUCUUAUGGUCUUUGUGGCCAAAUGGCUGAAACGUCUGGACGACAAGAACGGUAUAAAGCACCAGAAAGAGGCUGCCCAGCCAGACACGGCGGCUAAGGCAGCUGUUGAGAAACCAGGAGGGAUUCAAGCACCAACGAAUUUAGCUGUCGUGGACCUCUGUAGCGAUGGAGAAGAUGAGAAGCCCAAUGUCUGCAUGCUGGACAAUGAACCCUUGGACUCUGAUUCAGUCAUAUCCAGUUCCUCCAUUGUAAUUCUCGACGAUGAGCUGGGCGAAGUUAACUUGAAGGACUAUGCGGAUCAUGUAGAUGGAAAACUGGAUGCUGCCUCCUUAAAGAAGCGGAAUAGCGUGGAUGAGGAGAGAGGAACCACUUCCAAGGCGAGGAAACAGACAACGAUAAAGGAAUUCUUGACACCCAAAAAGACGCUGUCCGACACAAGUCCCCCUAGUGCCUUAAGACGCUCUUUAAAAACGUAUGUCAGGAAAUCAAAGGUCCUUCCGACUGUGGCCAGUGGCACCGGAAAGCAAAGCUCCCUGAUACUAAGAGAACUGAACCUCGAAGGAGUAACAAACUCCAAUGGCUCGGCUAGGGAAGAAACACAAUCCGACCUGAUAAUAAUUGAUGACCUAAGCGAAGAAAACUUUGUAAAUGAAGAAGACAAAAAUACUACUUUGUUGGGUGAAAAGAACAAACCAAAGACUACGCAUAAUGAUGCAAAAACCAAAUCUGAGGAACUCAAGUCGAUAGACUUGAUGAACAAAGAAACUCCAACUUGUAAUCCAAUAAGUUACAAUGAAAUUAAACCGAAAUUAACUGUUAAUAAUCCACAAACUGCGCCCAUUAAGAUCGAUACUGAAGUGCCUUUAAAAACAAAUGGAGAAGCCAAAGAAAAUAGCGAACCAAGUAAAGCUAUUAGCUCAGAAGUGCCAGCAUUUGAAAAAAAUGAAACAAGUCCGCCUAAAAAUGAAGACCCAAAACUGAAUUCAACGAUAAACGACUCCCUAAAAAAAGAAGUUGUAAAAGCCAUUCCGCUGUCAAAGGAAAUGCUGUUGGCCGACGCACAGACGGACAGAGAAAAAAAACCUCUUACUUCUGCCCCAACUGAUUUUAUACGCGUUCGCACUGAUCUGAUAGCACCACCUGAAACUCCCAAUCAAUUACAAGAUCAAGUUGACCGGAUGUCACAAACUCAAACUUCCAAUCCAUCGGAAGCAGCUGAUAAGCGAAGACUGACGCCGGAAUCGACAGGAUAUCAUUUACAGCCGAAAAGACCAACCUUGGAUAACUACAACCCUGAAUCAGUUAACACCUCCAGAUAUCCACCGAACAUCCCGGUUAAUGCCUCCAGCUAUCAGCCAAUUGUUCCUGUGGGUCCUGGCGCAAUAAAUACCUCUAGGUAUUCACCAGUUAUCCCUGCAAUUGCCUCGACAGUUUCCAACACGAGAUAUCAACCAGCUUCUGCUUCGGGAAACACCUCCAGUUACCUGAGUAAUGCAACUGUAGCCACUGCUUCGAUUUCCACCUCCAGUAUUCGAUCAGUAUUCGAUGCUCCGGCUCCACUUAGUAUACCCAGUUAUUAUACAAAUGCGGGUUAUCCACCAGUUGCCCCUGUAGUUGCUCUACCUGGAUCCGCAACCAUCAUCAUGCCUAUGGCUCCUGGAUCAGCAAACACUUUUGGCUACCCACCACCCAGAUAUGCGCCAGGAAUCCCUGUGGCCCCUGCAGCCAUUUCCACUACCUAUCAUCAAGGCAUUAACCCGUUGACUCCCGCACGCGCCUUAACCUCAAGCUAUCAACCUGUAAUAUCUGCGACUCCAGUGUCAAAACAUCACCCACCUUUACCCGUUGCUCCUGCACCAGUUGUCACUUCCAACAACCAGCAAAUUAAUCCUGUGAGUCCUGCGCCAACGAUAUCCUCCAGCAUUCAACCAAAUAUUCCUGUGGCCUCUGCUCCUCUGAGCAAGUCCAGCCAUCAACUAACCGGAAGCGAUCCACGCUCCGAUCUGGCCAACAUCAUGGGUAUGCUAGCCCAGGUGGAGUUGUUUGCAUAUGGUCAAAAGAAUCAGGAGGCUUUCCAUCUCGUCAAUCAGCUACGCAUCAGUCUUCAGAUGGGAGCGGCACAAAGUUGCCAAGCUCCUCAGCGAAAAGCAUAGAUUUAACAAUAGCAACCUUAGCCCUAAGGAUUAUUUUAAUAUCAAAUUUAUACUAUGCUAGUAUUAGAAAUUUUUAUA